AUGGAUCACAAUAAUCACAUAUUCGUUACUAUAUAUCGCGUUCAAUGGUAUGAAGCUCCCUUACGCAUACAAAGAAUUUUACUUUUUUUACUGCAAAGAGGCGCCAAAAGUUUUACUUUGGGUGUUGGUGGAUUGUUUAUUGGAUCGUUAGAAUGUUUUGCAACGCUGGUGAAGGCUUCGGUAUCUUACUUUACCGUUAUGUAUUCUAUACAAAAAUGA